GCGCAUGCUCAUGGAGAGAAAAAAAGACCCGGAUUGAGGGAUAGAAAGAGAAAGAGAUAGACAAAGAAGCUAACACAGAGACAGAAAAAGAAAACGAGAAGGAGAAAAAUAGAAGGGGAAAGAGAGAAAAAAGGAAGGAGAUAGAGAGAAGAAGCCCCACGGAGCGGAAUCGAGACCAUGGCAGCGAACCAGGAGCCAGUUGUCAUUCAAGAUGGUAAAUCUGUUGAACAAAAUGCAAAUGUUGUCUGUGAAGUCGAUUUUCCAACAAUUCUGCGAAGCAAUGAUGUCAUGGAUCCAUCUAUUGAAUACAACAUGAAUCACCGCAGGCGAGGGAUUGCUUUAAUCUUCAACAAUGAGCGCUUUUACUGGUAUCUGGGUUUACCUGAAAGAGGAGGAACAAAUGCUGAUAGAUUCAGUCUGGAUAAAAGAUUAAGAGAGCUGGGGUUUGAUGUACAUGUUUAUGAUAACUACAAAGCAUCGGAAGUGUUGCAGAUAAUUCAUGAAGUGGCUACUUCAGAUCAUUCUGAUGCAGACUGCUUUUUGUGUGUCUUUCUUAGUCAUGGGGAGAACAAUCAUGUAUUUGCAUAUGAUGCAAAAAUAAGUUUACAAGAAAUAACUGAGCGUUUCAGAGGUGACAAAUGCCCUUCUCUGGUUGGAAAGCCUAAAAUAUUUAUUAUUCAGGCCUGCAGAGGAGAUAAGCAUGAUGAGCCAGUGAUGCCCAAGGAUGAAGUAGAUGCAAAUCAGCUUGUGGUGAAUGAAGUGGUUGUUGAUGCAGGAACCAUGCGUACAUUACCUGCUGGUGCAGAUUUCAUUAUGUGCUAUUCAGUAGCUGAAGGUUUUUAUUCUCAUCGAGAAACUGUAAACGGCUCCUGGUACAUCCAGGACUUUUGCACGUUGCUUGAGAAUCAGGGCUCACAGCUCGAGUUCACAGAGUUUCUGACAUUGGUGAACAGGAAGGUAUCGGAACGAAGUGUGGAAAGAUGUGCUGAUCGUAAUGCAUUAGGAAAGAAACAAGUCCCUUGCUUUGCCUCGAUGCUUACAAAGAAAUUGUAUUUUAAACCCAAAACUUCGUAAGUUUGGUUUACCUUGGUGAUGAAGGGCUCUGGCCCGAGACAUCGAAUUUCCUGUUCCUUGGAUGCUGCCUAACCUGCUGUGCUUUAACCAGCAACACAUUUUCAGCUCUGAUCUCCAGCAUCUGCAGACCUCACUUUUUACCUUGGUGUAGUCUUUUCCCCCAUCUCCCCUUUUUAAAGAAAGUAAAUUCCUAAUUUUAGAACUACCACUAGCAAAAUGAUUCUGUACACAAAUAGGAGUAUUAGGUGUGCACCUCCAAACAAAGUAAUGAACAGUAAAUCUUUCUUAAGUUCAACACAUUUUGACCACAAAUACUAUUCUAUUGUGCAAUCCAAAAAACCUAAAUUAAUUAUAGAAAAAAAGGCUAACCAAAGAUUUCCUUUGUCCAAUCAUGUUUGUGAAAAUGUCCAAUUUUAUUCUAAAUAACUAAAUCAAAGGUGAAAUUGGUUUUGUCAGGUUAUAGAAUUUUGUAAAUUACUUCUGUGGUUACUUGAGUGAUGAAAAACUGUCUCCUAUACUUCUGAAUUAUUGGGGUGAAGGGUAACGUUUAAAAAGUUACCAUUGUGCUUAUUGAGCUUUGUACGUACAUUUUAGAAUGCAAAUAAUGACUUAAGAUUUUGUUUACAUCUGUUUUACUCCAUUAAUUCCUUCCAGCAUACACCAGCUAUUGAUCAUGUGAACCUUCCAGUAACAGGUUCUCCAGAAAAUCAUUGUACAGUGACUUGGUGCUGGACCUCAGGUUAACUUCCUUCUCUGUCUAUUGAGGCUUAUUUAAAACAUUUGUAGAAAAUACUAGUGCCUUGUGGCAACUUUAAACUGGAAGGUUUUCAGGGAGUUUUUUUUUGUUCAAUCAUGUUGUAUGAACUAAGAAAAUGAUCAACAAUUUUUGAGUAUAGCUGUGAAUUUUGUAUGUAUUUUCACUCUUAUGUAAUCUUAAAAGUAAAAGUAUUCCAAUUUUAAAUU